GAAUCAUUUUCUUGAUCCAUUUGUUUCUUUAACAUGAUAUACAUCUUUUGUCCAAGAUUUUCCAACUGACAGGCAUGUCAGUUUCUGCAAGUGAUGUGGUCCGUCGCCGUCAAAGAGCUAAUGCAUUCUGUGAAGCUAUUCGUGCUCUGGAUGCAACAGAUCUUUCUGCUAAUAGUGUUCGGGAUUUUCUCCUUCCUGCUGUACAAAACCUAUUAAAAGACCCUGAUGCACUAGAUCCAGCACACAAGGAAGCACUUGAAAUAAUAAUGAAAGAAAGAUCAGGUGGUACUUUUGAGGCAAUCAGUAAGGUGAUGGGGAUGAGUGCUCAUCUAGGAAUUCCAUCAUCAGUGACCAGCCUCUUUGGGGAAGGCGGAUUAUUGAGCAAGAAAGACAGUGCUGAACCACAACCUGAAGCAGUUGAAUCUCCAAAGGCCGUGCCACCUCCAGCAGCGGAGGAUACUAGGUUUAUGCGCAUCAUGAGGGGAAAUUUCACAGACAUGCUCCGAGGCAAAGUAAAAGGCCAAGAGGAAACAAGCCAGAAUCAAUGAGUUCAGAUUUGCCCCAGUAAAUGGAUAAGUGAGAGAAUGAUAAGACAUUUUCUGGAAGUUACAUGCAUAUCAGAGAAGAGGUUUUUUAUUUUUUUUUAUUUUUUUCCGUAGAAUUCAUAUUUUAAUAGGGAGGAAGGAAAGAAAAUAAAGAUAAAUUUUUGCUAUGCUGCCUGUGUUGUGAUCGGUUUGUAAGAAACCAGUAUAAAAUCAUUGAGACUAGAAAGAUUUCCUUUGUUAAAGGCUUUUGACAAUGCUUUAUGGAUUGUGAUCGGGCCAUGUUCUUUUCGUCU